AUGCAUCGCUGGAGGUCGCCUGUUAUUUUUCCUUCGGAGAGAUCUGUUACUAACGACGCGCGUGUGGUGGAGCUUGAAAGCGAUCUUCUUUACGAAGAACCAACUUUACGCCUACGGUUGGGCGAGCCGCCACGUACUCAGCUUUGGGACGCCAUAAUGCGCGGGCUCAACGCCUCCGGGCCGUCAUGUGGCACAUAUGUGCGGAUAGCUACUCCUCAACUAGUGAUGCGACACAUGGAUGGAAUGCACGAUGACUCCGAUGACGAUUCUUUAUUGUUAGGGAUCAUGAAACACUCCAAGUCGAAUAGUGAGCGCGGCCGUGCGUACCGUGCUCGACGCAAGAAAUAUGAGGACGAUCUGGUGGAUUUUGUAAAUUCGCUGCAUCAGGAAGUCGCCGACCUUGAUUUUUUGUGUAAUAUUCGCGCGAAUAAGGCGCUGCAUAGUCGCAACAGUCUGGACGGCUCUCUCGUGCGCUUAGUUAGCGAGUACUUUGCAUUGUUCGAGCGAGGCAUGCCCUCGAUUUAUAGCCUUGGUCAAAAGCGACCGGCGCUCCUCAUGAGCGAAUCUAUUGACAGCUCGAACGACUCGUUUGAAAGGAAGCAAUUGUCGUUUCUUGAGUGUGCUAUGGACGCAACGAUGCAGUUUGGAGACACAAGUGGCACUGAAGCACUAAUAGACCAAUGGAGACGAUAUACGAGUUAUCACGCUAGUAUUAAUGUCGUUGUUGUCGGCGUCCAAGUGUCUGGAGAAGAAGACAACCCACUUGUGACGGUGCGCUCAGAUUUGCAUGUCGUGUUUUCUCAAGCUACAUUUAAAAAUGUUUUUCCAUAUGCCGCUGGCAACAAGGAGUUGGAGAGUAAAUUUAUCGGUCGUGAGAUUGUCUAUAAUGGAGUGAAUCGCUUUCAGUUUUCACCAACAGGUCGCAUAUCAGUAUAUGACUCUAAUGUGUCCUUUGUGGAAUCAUUAGUACAAGCUGGAGCCACUGUCUCGGACAUCGUGUUGAUGAUGCAGCAGGCUCGAAUAGUCGAUGAGUGCAAACUCGGAGAUACUGACGCAAGCAACACCAGGGUUCAACAACCUGUUCAGGCUCAUCAAGAUCCAGUUACUCUAACAAAAAACGACAGUUUUGUUGGCGAUGAAAAUGGUACUCGUAAUGCUGACAGCUUUAGUACCAACUCGAAGGAUGAUAACCAAGUUGCUCAGAAGCGAUGUCGCAUCGACAUCGAUUAUCUCUUAUCAUAG